AUGAAGAUUACAUUUCUUGUUGUGUUGUUGUUUGUUUUAAAAAAUGAUGGACGACUCACGCGAUAUCAACGGCAAAGACAUCGUUCUUUCCAAUCGUCCGGAAAAUUUCGUAUUUCGCCAACUACCGGAGUUCGUAUUGCUCUACCCACACCUGAACAACUCAUAUGGCAAUCUCAAGAAUUAGGUGUAUUAAUUCAUUUUAAUAUGGCGACAUAUCUGAGUGAUGAUGGGUGUACAGAUCAAAUUGUUCCAAAUAUUUCGUUAUUUAAUCCAUACCUAUUGAAUACAAAUAAUUGGGUUCAAACUAUGGUUGAUUUUGGUGCUAAAUAUGCUGUCCUUGUAGCAAAACAUGCAUGUGGCUUUCUUAUGGCUCCGUCAGAUAUAAAAUUUCCCUUGAGUCCAUCAGGUGAAAUCAUUUCAUACAAUUAUACUGUUGAUUAUUCGCCAGUACAAGGUAUAGAUAUUCUUCAAGAUUUUAUACAAAGUUGUGAAGAACAACAAAUACGCACUGGAUUUUAUUAUACAGUCGUAACCAAUACUUGGCUAAACGUCGAUAGUGGUUUUGUACAAAAUCGUACAUUAAAACCAGGUCAAAUAAAUAUAACUCAAGAAACAUACGAUAAUAUUGUUUUACAACAAUUGAGAGCACUAUGGACGAAAUAUGGUGCUUUAGAUGAAAUUUGGUUUGAUGGAGGAUACACACAAUCUUUAAAAGAGCCAAUCAUUGCCUUACUAAAAGAACUUCAGCCUCAAUCAAUUGCAUUCAAUGGCUAUGGUGUAUCCUCGAAUCCUGCUCGAUGGAUUGGUACUGAAAUGGGUAUUGCACCUGAUCCAAAUUGGUCAACAGGCAUAACGAAUGAUGGUGGUGAUCCAAAUAGUCCAAUAUUUUGUCCAGCGGAAUGUGAUACAACUCUUCAAGAACAUGAUCGUUGGUUUUGGGGCGUCAAUGCAACACUGCGUUCACUUGAAGAAUUAAUUCAAGUCUAUCAUGAAACAGUUGGUCGCAAUUGCUUAUUGAUGCUUGAUCUUACUCCUGAUCGAACAGGUCUCAUUCCACCUGCUUAUGCACGUCGUUAUAAACAAUUAGGUGAUUUCAUUCGUUCAUGCUAUGGGACCUCCGUUGAACCUACGAAACGUCUUACAUUAGAUCAUUCAAAUAUAUAUAUUCAGUUGUUUGAUUCAUCACCAGUUACAAUUGAUCGUUCCGUUAUUCAAGAAGAUCAAACAAACGGUCAAGUCAUACGUGCGUAUACUGUUGAUGUACAAAUAGUUAAUACAACAGAUACAAAUCAAUGGUUUACAGUAGCGCAAGGCACAAGUAUUGGUAAUAAGAAAAUUGAUGUUUGGCAAGGAGGACUACAAUUAAUCAAUGCCGUUCGACUAACGAUUACGAAGUCUGUUGAUCGACCUGUAAUUAAAUCAUUUACUGUUCAUUUGUGCAGUUGA